GCGGAUGAGACCGACACGGAGACGCCCGAGACGGAGCCACGUGUGCUGUCCUUGCUGAGCCGUUUGCAGAACGAGGAGAUGGAGAAGAUGGAUUCCGUUCUGGCCAGGUGUUUGAGCCAGAGCUUGGAUUGGGGCAAAAUCAGUCGGGAUGCGGAUGCCUUUUGGACCAAGUCCUUGAGCGGAGUUGUUCUGGAUGCAGUGGAGCGAGAACUCUCCCCUGUGAUCCAAUCCAGUGCGGCCUCGCAGGUGGUCUUGGCUGCAUACCAGCUUGGCUACGUGUGCUUCGAGCAGCGUUACAAGUCAUCUCCCUUGGAGAUUUUUGUCGAUUGUGUGGAGCUCAAGACUGGCCAGGCCUUAGCGCCGAUCUCGAGGUUGAUGGCACGUGUGUGGGGCAACGGCGACUCGGGCAAGGGUGAGGCAAAGAUGGUGAAGCCGAAGCAUCAAGAGGUCGAGGAGACCGAGAAGCGGCGAGUGAAGGAAGUUUCCAUCGACUCCACCACCAUGGUCCCCAGUGACCUCUACUGGAGCCUCCUCCGUGCAGGGGAGCGAGCCAAGAAUGGUGGACAGCACCGGCUGAAGGAGCGCCGUGGACAGCCCGAAUCUCCUAAGCCGCAUUUGGUGAGAACUUGA